AUCUAUUGUGAACAUCAUUCCUGCCACCACGAUGGACAUCCACUUAUGCUUCCAUCGAUCUAUGCAUAUGAAUUGCACUAUGAGGCAAAACACUUAAAUACCUGUUCAGUGUGUGAAAAAGUGUUUCCUUCAUCUCAUUGGCUUCAACUCCAUUUAGACGAAUUCCAUGAUGUUCUUAAGAAAAUACAAAAAGAACGUGGCGAAAAGAUUUACGCUUGUUACGUCGAAGGGUGUCAAAAGCGUUUUAUCGACCCAAGGUUAAGAAGAUUACAUCUAAUUGAUAAGCACCAUUAUCCUAAAUACUUUCCGUUUGAUAUUGUAUUGACUGGU